AUGGACGCCUUCUGGGAUAUCCUCCACAAGGGAGUCGAUACUCACGAGAUGGUCCCUGCUUCCCGGUGGAACGCGUCUGCCCAUGUUGGCGACACAUCUGUAAAGAACGUCUCUGGCACAGGCUUUGGCUGCUGGCUGCAUCAAGCGCCGCAGUUCGAUGCCGCCUUUUUCAACAUGUCCCCCCGUGAGGCCGCUCAGGUCGAUCCCGCCCAGCGUCUGGCCCUCCUUACUGCCGCAGAGGCUCUCGAGAAGGCCGGAAUCGUACCCAACCGUACUCCGUCCACCCAGAAGCACCGCGUCGGUGUAUGGUUUGGCGCCACCAGCAAUGACUGGAUGGAGACCAACAGUGCGCAAAAUAUUGACACCUACUUCAUCCCUGGCGGUAACCGUGCUUUCAUCCCUGGCCGCAUCAACUAUCACUUCAAGUUCAGCGGACCCAGCUACACCAUAGACACUGCUUGCAGCUCUAGCUUGGCUGCCUUGCACCUGGCAUGCAAUGCUCUGUGGCGCGGCGAGGUUGACACCGCCAUUGUCGGAGGCACCAACGUUCUUACCAACCCAGACAUGACGGCUGGGCUGGAUAGGGGCCACUUCCUCUCCCGCACUGGCAACUGCAAGACCUUUGACGAUGAUGCUGAUGGAUACUGCCGCGGCGAAGCAGUCGUCACUAUCAUUCUCAAGCGACUAGAUGAUGCCCAGAAAGACAAGGAUCCUAUUGAGGCUUGUAUCUUGGGCGUCGCCACGAAUCACAAUGCCGAAGCAGAGUCCAUCACCAGACCCCAUGCCGCUGCUCAGAAGGACCUCUUUGAGCAUAUUCUUGCCGAGACCAAGGUCAGCUCCAACGACAUUAGCUACGUAGAGAUGCACGGCACCGGCACGCAGGCUGGCGAUGCAGGAGAGACUACUUCUGUCGUGACGACCCUGUCUCCGUUGACGGCCCGCGGUACCUCGGUUCGGCCAGCCACUAGUCCUCUUCACAUUGGUGCUGUCAAGUCUAAUGUCGGCCAUGGCGAGGCCGCUGCUGGUGUCACCAGUCUUGCCAAGGUCCUCAUGAUGAUGAAGCAUUCGACUAUUCCUCCCCACAUUGGCAUCAAGACCAAGAUCAACCACAAGCUGCCUGACCUUCAGGCCCGCAACACGCGCAUUGCUACUGUCGCAACUCCCUGGGUUCGACCCGAGAAUGACAGCCGAAGAGUAUUACUGAACAACUUCUCUGCCGCCGGCGGCAAUACCGCUAUCGUCCUGGAAGACGCUCCCGUCUUUGACACUUACACCGGCCCUGACCCGAGACGCCAUCACGUCGUGACGCUCUCUGCCAAGACUGGCGAAUCAUUAGUCUCUAAUAUCGGCAAUCUCAUUCAAUGGCUUGACGGUGCGGCACCGCGCGAAGACCCCAAUCUCCUCGCAAAGCUCUCUUACACCACCACCGCCCGCCGAAUGCAUCAUCGGUACAGAGUCGCUGUGACUGCUACCAGCAUUCCUCAGCUCAAGUCAUCGCUUCAGAAAGAACUCGAUGCCCGCAGUGGCGGAGAGAAGAUUCUACCUGCACCAGCCAAGACUCCCGGUUUUGUGUUCACCUUCACAGGCCAAGGCUCCCCACAUGCCGGUAUGGGUGCGGACUUGUAUGCCCGGUUUGCUUCCUUCAGAAACAAUUUGCAGCGCUACGACCACUUGUGUGUCCAGAUGGGCCUGCCUUCCAUUCUUCCUCUCUUCGAGGAGCGGGAUUACUUCAGCCGCGCUUCACUUACUGCUCUGCAGUUGGCACAUGUCUCUUUCCAAAUGGCUCUUUGCAAGCUUUGGGAGUCCUUUGGCAUCACCCCCAAGGCCGUCGUCGGCCACAGUCUUGGAGAGUACGCCGCUCUGUACGCCGCCGGGGCUCUCUCUCAGGCCGACGUUCUCUAUCUUGUCGGCAAGCGAUCCCAGCUGAUGGAAGAGCACCUUGCCCAAGGAACGCACGCCAUGCUCGUCGUUAUGGCUGAAGAAGCGACAGUUUUGGCUGCCAUUCCUGGUGUCGUUGGUCGCGACCUCGAGGUUUCGUGCCGCAACAGGAAGCACAACAUUGUCCUCGGCGGAACCAUUGCGCACGUCAAAGAGGCCCGGACCAUCCUUGAGUCUAAGGGCAUGCGCUGCCACGUCCUCGAUACUGCACACGCUUUCCACACUUCUCAGGUCGACCCUAUCCUUGCUCAGUUCCGCAAGAUUGCAAAGGGCAUUCACAUUCGUCGACCUUUGAUCCCUGUCAUCUCGCCUACUCUGAGCAAGGUCCUUCGUGAGGCCACUGAUUUCAGUGAGGGCUACUUUGUCGAGCAUUGCAGAAAGCCGGUCAACAUCAUGCAAGCCGCAUCUGUCGCCAAGACAGAGGGCAUUCUGGAUGAGCGCACCAUCGCUAUUGAGAUUGGUCCCGCGCCUGUAGUUGCUCCCAUGGUGAAGGAAGUUGUUGGAUCGACGAUGCACACGUUCGCAUCUGCACACAAGACUAUUGAUACUUGGCAGUUGAUGACCGAUGCCUUCUCCGGAAUGUACGCGGCUGGUGCCAAUAUUGAAUGGUCUAGAUACCAUGCCGACUUCCCCGAGUGCCAGAAGGUUCUCCAGUUGCCCUCUUACGGAUGGACUCUCAAGGAGUACUGGAUGCAGUACACCAACGACUGGAGUCUCCGCAAGGGCGAUGCUGCCGUCAUUAUGGGACCCGCUAACUUGGCCUUCUCUUCGAUUUACAACGUGGUCAAGAACACUCUUCAGCCAAGCUCUGACGGAGAGGUGGUUGUGGAUCUUGACCUCAACGCGGACGACGUGCACUCUAUGGCUCAAGGCCACAAGGUGUACGGCGUACCUCUUUGCACCCCAUCCGUCUACGCCGACAUUGUCCAGAUGAUUGGCAAGUACGUCAAGCAAAUCACUGGCAUGGACGUCGACGCAGUCGGAACAGAGGUGGCAGAGAUGCAUAUCCAAAGCGCUCUCGUCGCCAACGACGUCGGUCUCAAGCAAGUCCUGCGCACUCAGGCCAAAUUUGAUGCCGCCAAGAAGACCCUGUUUUGCACUUUCUCCACCAUCGACGGGAAUGACAAGGUCAUGGAGCAGCAUGCCAACUGUUCGAUCCGCUUCGUUGAAAUCGACGAGACCAAGUCUCAGUUCGCCCAGGCUGUCUCGGAUGCACAGGUUCGCAUGAAGGUCAUUCAGGCGCAGGUCGGAGAAGACUACAGUACUUUCCGAUUCAGCAAGUCGAUGAUUUACAAGAUGGUUGGUCAGCUUGCCGAUUUCGACCCCAAGUAUCGUGGCCUAUCUGCCAUCACUCUCAGCAACAACACAUACGAAGCUGCUGGCACCGUGUCUUUCAAGGGCAUCCCUGAUAACGGGAAGUGGUUCUCCAAUCCCGCCUUCCUGGACUCCAUCUCUCAACUGGCCGGCUUUGUCAUGAACGCCAAUGAGUCUGUCGAUCUUGACAAGGAGCUCUUCGUCAACCACGGAUGGGAGUCGAUGAAGCUUUUUGCCCCCAAGUUUGAUGCCAACAUGACUUAUCACUCGUACGUCAAGAUGACUGAGGGUAAGGACAAGCUGUGGUCCGGAGAUGUGAUCAUCUUCGAUCAGGAACAGAACCUCGUUGGCAUCCUUGGCGGUGUUGCUCUGCAAGGCGUUCCGAAGCGCCUCAUGGACUACAUUAUCAACUCAGCCAUGAAGAAGGUCUCCGGUGGCUUCUCAUCGGUAAAGACUCAACCGCAACCACAACAGCCCCAGGCGAUUGUUACUUCAGACAUGAAGGCAACUUUCGGAGACAUCUCCCUGGCUGAGGCUCAAGCUGCUCCUGCUCAGCAGCAAGCCGCUGAAGACUCUUGGCCCGUGGCUCUCAAAGUCUUGGCUGAAGAGAGUGGUCUCGACGAGAAGGAGCUUGCCGAUGAUGUCGCCCUCGCUGACAUUGGUAUCGACUCACUACUCUCGCUUGUCAUCUGUGGCAGACUGCGCGAUGAGCUUGAUAUUGACCUACCCGAGCGCGCACUGUUUGAGGAGUGUCUGACUGUGGGCGACAUCCGGAUGCGUGUGUCUGGUACCGCAGUAUCUUCGACUGAGUCUUCUAGGCAGGAGAGCGACAUCACGAGCGUUGAGUCGGACACCGCGUCAUCGGUCGGCUCGCCAGACCUUGACAACUUGGCAUCGCCUUUCUCGGCUGCUAUGACGCCAAUCAAUGGGUUUGAGACGCCCGGUUCUUACUUCGAGGUCAUCGACAUGAGCGCCGGAGACUUCAAGGGCAAAGCUGUUCCGUCGACUCCUGUUGUUCCUACAAUCCCACCCGCAUGGUCGAUGUACCUGCAGGGCUCUCGGACGAAAGCCAAGGAGACUCUUUUCCUCUUCCCGGAUGGUUGUGGAGUCGCCACUUCAUACUUGAGUCUUCCUACUAUCUCGCCGACUACAGCCCUCGUUGGCUUCAAUUCUCCUUUUGCAAAGACUCCCAGCCGCAUGUACGAUCACACUCUCCGCGAAGUCCUGCAAUCUUACAUUGCCGGCCUCCGUCAGAAGCAAGCACGCGGCCCCUACCGCCUAGGCGGCUGGUCAGCCGGCGGCAUCCUCGCCUACGCGGUGACUCAAGAACUCAUCGCCGCCGGCGAGGAAGUCACUUCCCUUACCCUCAUCGACUCCCCGCCUCCCAACAACGGCCUAGACCACCUGCCCGACAGGUUCUACGACCACUGCAACAAGGUUGGCAUCUUCCGCAACGAGAUGCGUCGCGGCGCAGAGCAGUCGGAGCCGCCCGAAUGGCUUAUGCCGCACUUCCGCGCCUCAACUGAGCUCCUGCACGACUAUCACGCGCCCGCCAUGUCACCUGAAGCCGCAUGGAAGUUGCAUGUCAACAUCAUUUGGGCUGGCGAGUGCGCUUUCGAUGGGGUGCGCUACCCGACUUUGCCUCCUGCCAUGAUGGAAGGCGAAGACUGCGAGGGGAUGAAGUUCCUCACUGAGAAGAGGAAGAACUUUGGGCCUGGGGAGUGGGCUUUGCUAUUCCCCGGUGCUUCGAUUACGACUACGGUCAUUGAGGGGGAGCAUCACUUCAGCAUGAUGCGUGGUAGCGGUGCAGACAGAUUGGUUGAGUCUAUCAGGCGGGGCCCCUAACUUUUCCUUGAUUCGAUUCUUGUUCUUUACUAUAGUUUUUCCUCCGGCGUUCAGGAUGGCGGAUCUUUGAUUUGAAGCGGCGUACGGUUGGCAUUCGCGAGGCAACUUUGAAUUAGCAGAAUCGUCGAUUUGAUACAUGAUCGAUCACAUCACAGGCUUGGACUUUCUUUUGUAGAGCAUCAGACUUUCAUGUAAUUACAAUCUAGAAUUUGUUUUCCCUUUUCAAAUCAGUCUUCUAUCUAGAAAUUCAAAG